CAAUGUUGCCGCAAGCUUGCAACAACAUUCCAAAAACAUUUCAAAGCUUCAAUGCAAUAUUACAAUAUUUCAAUGUUUCAUGUAAUGUUUCUGCAUUCAGUGUUAUACAUAUGUGACUUCGUUGUAAAAAUUAUUUUCAUAAUUUAAUCCUUUCUCCUUGAGAAAAUUUAAAAGAGAGGGAGAGGCAAGUACCUUUCCCUGCCUACCUUGGGUACGCCCAUAGACAAGGAUCGUCGAACUUCGAUUCGCCGAUAUUUUUUUUCUGACCGAACAAAUCGUGCGAGAGAAAUUCCCACCGUCAAAACAAAUUAGUCAUUUAAGUUGGUAAUUCAAGGCUAGUUGACCUUUCGGGCCACCCCCGUACAAUUCGCAAAGGGUGCGUUCUCCUACCCUGUAGUGUUCUCAGGUAUCAUUUUAUCUUUAUCUAACAUUCAGGAUACAAUAAGGGUAAAAUGAUACUUGGGUGGGGAAUCUGAACGCACCCAGGGGGUGGAGAAUCUGGCGAGUGGUAUAAAUUUUCUGAGAUUGCGCAUCAUGCUCGUCCGUACCUAUAAAACUCGCGGUGGUGCUCAAGCACGAAGCAGAGUAGUGACGAUGUAGUGAGACUUCGUACUUGAUCGUCGCGGUGUUCGCUUUAAUGGUGAAUUGGUGUAAAUCUUCACCGGAAGAUUGACCGGAAGAAAAGAGUUCAAUCUUAACUGAGAAAACGACAAUCUUGAAUUAAGGGGCUCGGGAUAUAGGGAUCAGAGAGCAAUUUUAACGAGCUUAAUUUAAAUAAGGAUACUGAGCUGGUGGACGAAGUGUAUUUUAUUAUUCUUGAUAGACUUGCGAAGGACAAAAAUAGAUGGUGGGAAAUAUAAAUAUUUACCAAUAAUUUUAAUAUAUAAACGAUGAGAUUUAUCUUAAACGAUCACUCAAACACAUCAUCAGUUGCGACACUUGUUAAUAUACCAAUCGAGCACACGUCACUUAUUGAGAUCACAUUUUCAGAUCACGAUAAAAGAAGAUGGCUGGCGAGCAGCCAAAGUACAAAUUAAUUUAUUUUAACGCACGAGGUCGUGCUGAGCAUAUUCGCUACAUAUUCGCCUAUGCGGGCAUCGACUAUAUCGACGAGAGGAUCUCGGACGAAAGCUGGCCUAGGCUUAAGAAAUCAAUGCCUUAUGGGAAACUUCCGGUUCUGGAGAUAGACGGCAAGCUAAUAGCGCAAAGCAACGCCGUGGCUCGUUACCUGGCCCGCAAGUACAAUCUCGCGGGCAAGGAUGAAUGGGAAUCGAUGCUGUGCGACUUACUAGUUGACACUUUGGGAGACUUAAAACAAUCCAUGUUUCUUUGUCGCAUAGAGGAGGAUGAUAUUAAGAAGGAGGAAAAGAAGGCAAAACUUGUGAAGGACAUAAUACCGUUUUACCUGAGUAAAUUCGAGCAAACUGUUGCCAAGAACAAUGGUUACGCGGUCGGUUCUACGACCACGUGGGCAGACUUCGUGUUCGCGGUGGCGUUGGAGAAUUUUGAGAACAUUUUUGGCGCGACUGCCUUGGAGAAUUAUCCAGCGUUACGCGGUUUGAAGAAACGGGUGCAUGAAAUUUCAACGAUCGCUAAGUGGUUGUCUCAGCGACCUCAUUCGGAAUCUUGAAAUAUAAAAAAAAAAUAGAAAAUAUUUAAUAUCUUAGGUUAUUAUCAAAAUUAUAUCAUCUCAGUGUAUGUCGAUUCGAUAGUCAUUUCUCGCCGGGUCACUGUAUUUCUGCAGAUGCUGCUUUCCAAGUUUCAUAAUCUCUGUCGAAUUUGUGGUUUCGAAAAUUGUUUGUUUAAUUACUUUUAAUGUCAAAAAUUCCUUAAAAUCGAACCGUUUUCAAUGUCGAAAAUUUCUCAAAUCAAAGCCUGUCUUUUCAAAUCAAUAUUGGAUUUCGAUAUUGUUUCACGAUUUCUUAUUUCUCACUGGAAUAUCAAUCUAAUUAAUAACCUAUCAAUUAAACACAUUGACACCUUAAAACUGUUUUAUUAGUGUUACGUCUGAGGCGAUGAUUUCUUAUUUCUUUAGGCACUUGCAUAAAUGUAACAAUAUUUGGAAUAGAGAGAAGAAGGAACCGGAAAAAAAACGUCCAUUUUAAUUAACAAAAUAAAUAAGAGAAUCCCAGAUGAUUCUUUAAUUCUACAGUUCUAUAAUUCUUCUUCUAUUCUAGAUACAUGCGGAUAUGUGUAUAUAGGUCAUUUCAUGAUUUAAAUAUAUUGAGACCUUGCAAUCAUAAGAAUAUAUUGAUUAUAUUUUUAUUGAUUUUUUUUAAAAAAGAAAUUAUUGAGUCCACCAGACGUAAUACAAAUUUAUAAGUACUUAUAAUUUUAAAUUCAGAGAACUUUGUGUACUUUUAUUACCUCUAUCGUAGCCUAUUAAAAAGUCUACUAUUACUUUUACUGCCUCGUUUUAACGAAAAGAUAUAAUACAGAUUUCGAAAUUAAAUGUAAAAACAUCCAAAACGUAUAGGGAAUUUUCGGGAUACAUAUCUUGUCGUUAGUAAAGGGCAGCAAAGUGAUUAUAGUAGUCCUUUUAAUAGAUGUUACGAAGAAAAUGAUAAGAAUGCGUUUAUUGGCGGUUAAAAACGUACUUGUGGUACGAUAACAUAGUCAAUUAUAGUUAUCAAACAAGAUUUUUAAGAGAGAAAUAUGUAUGAAUGUAUAUAUCUAUUUUCUUUCUUUAAAAAUCUUAAAAUGUAACAUUAUGCAUAUAUGUGUCAUUAUCAUAAGAAAGGGCCCAAUUGAUCGGUAAUGCUUAAUAUGGUAUUUAACGUUUUAAAUGAUAAUGACACAUAUAUAAUGUUAAGAUUACUGCUAAGUGAGAUAACAAAUGAUGUAAUAUAAAUAUACCUAAUAUGUAUGUUGAGAUAACAAAUAUAAUGUAAGAUAACUUUAUAAGUACACAUUAUUCCUAGAAUAUUAUAGGAAUAUUAUUAAAAAUUAAAAUUAAAUUGAUUGUAAUAUUUUAAAAA